GAUGUAAUGAUUCGAACUGCUGAUAUUUUCCAACUGUAACAAUUUAAUUUAUUAUUCAAUUUUUAUAAAGAAAUUGAUUUGUUAUAUAUUUAUAUAAAUAUUCCCUUUUUGAUACCCCCAAUUUUCAAUAACUGUGGAGUUAUUAAAUGUGUACCCGAAUGUGUAGAAUUUAAUCGAGUACUCCUUGCAUAAAACGACAAAAGGUUGUUUUAAUUUUCAACGAAAUCCAGUUACCUGAGGUUUAAUCCGUAAUGACAAACAUUUUCUGGUGACAGAAGAGGCAACGGCAAUAAUGAAUGAAGACAAUUAUCCGCCCACCAUGCAAAACACCGUCAAUGUUCUCGAUUUCAAAAUAAUCGAACUGGAAGAAGCUGUCGUGGAAGUAGAUUACGUUCUUGAUCCGGGGAAUACAUGCCACAGGAUGAUUAUGGAUUACAUCUCAUACCUCAAAACUUACGUAAUACCGGACAUGAAUUACUGUUUGCGUCAAAAUAUUGAUAAGCUUGACGAGGGGCAUUUUUCACAAGAAACGCUACGUGAGUUUAGAGAGAACACUCAGAGACUCUGGCUGCGGGCAGAUAAGAUCCACAGAGAGGUUACCUUACUCUACCAGAAGAUUGGACCUGUACAGUGCGUUGACACGAAUGUCACUGUCACAAGGCCAAGUACCCCUCGUUCAGUGUCCAUACACACAUCUGACCUGGAAGACGCCGAUUUGUCCACUACAGAAGAACUAAAUGAUAGUGAAAAACUAGUAUUAUAAUCAUCCUUUUCUGUAUUUAAUUAGUUGUCAGUACCCAAUUGAAUUGAAUUGCAUUUAACAGGAUGUGUUUAAAUAUGAAAUAAAAUGUUUAAUACUUGA